AUGUCAAGCCAGCAGCAGUGCGAUGGCGGAGAGAAGGAGAAUCAAGACCCCACAACAGUCGCCUCAUCCAGCGGUCGCCUAGCUUAUUCAAGCCAACCAUUUGAUGUGACUAUGUCCAAACCGAACAUGGAUAAGACGAUGUCACGAAAACAUCAUUCAAGUCUUUCAAUACAGAGCGCUGAGAAUCAUGCAAAUCCGUUCAUGUCCGCAAUCCGACCGAAAGACCUGGGUGAAAACACAUAUAGAGUUGAUGGGCAGGAUGGCGCCGUAAUCAAUAACGACAUCAGAGAAACAGGAUUACAUCUUGGAAGCAAAGACAACAAUGUUUCAAAUGUGAGUUUCAAAGACGGUGUUGUUCGUUUCGUUUGGAGUCCACCGAGGGUGUGCGCACAAGACGUUUUCGACCCAUCCUUCCAUCUACGCCAUAAUGGUACAGACAUGUUAAGCAUGCCCGGAAACCCUUCCUGCAAACUUCAAUACAUCACGGUUCACGAUUGCUUGAAAGUCCAUACCAACGGUUUGAAUGGCAGCGAUUCUACCAAAAAAAGAAUUCAGUUCUUACAAAAGAUGUUCACCUCCACGCCGAGAGCAAUUCAGCUUCGAAUGUCUGGUGCUAUUGGUCUCACAGAUACUAAAAGUAUCUCCGUUAAUCUUGGGGAUCAUACAUUUUGGUUUAAUACGGCAUUAACUGAAAUGAGAGUUGAUGCCGUCACACAAUUUGUUGAGGGAUCCCACACAAGGAUGCUGAACAUCAUCACAAUUAAAAUGUUCCCAGACAUGUACAACACUGAUGAAGAGAGGAUCCAAGCAAACUGUCUAUUCCUUCCAAUAGAUCGAGUUCUUGAAAUUGCAAAACAUUGCGGAGUUUAUGAAAAUUUAAGUCAAGUACAACAUUUCCUUCGUGUAUACGACCCUCGGGGAAAGACAUUACGUUGUUCGCAUUGCAAUUGGAGCAAGAUCGUUGAUAGUAGUAGUGCUAUUCGGAUGACACAUGAACAUUUUCGGAAAAAGGAGGGUAACUCAUUAAACUCUGCCUCGAGCUCAAACUCGUCUGUUUCUUCGUUCAGAAUCCAUAUUUCUGGAGUCACGGUUGGACAAGGCGGGUAG